UCGUCUCGAAGAGCAAAUGGAUAAGCUACAGGUCAAGUUUCCUUAUGAUAUACGGGACGUGGACGCUGAAACCAAUGCGGAGCUAUUAGAGUACUUUAAAGGUGAGAGCACGGGUUUUGUACAAGUCGGACCCGAGGGUUACUUCUUUCCACACAAGUACAAAGCGCAGGCGAAACAUUAUUACAACUUUAAGGCGCGUCCCGAUGACAUUUGGAUAUCAACAGUGCCACGUUCGGGCACCACCUGGACACAGGAGAUGAUCUGGUUGUUGGCCAAUGGCUUAGACUACGAUCAGGCCCAGCAACGUCCGCUAACUGAUCGUUUUCCCUUCUUCGAAGGUUCCUUGGUUAUAGAUGAUGCAUUUAAGGCGGAGCUUUUGGCUGAGAAUAAGGAUGCAGGCUGCGUUGAACACAUUUCCCGUCCACGAAACGAGGCUCUAGACAGUCUACCAAGUACUCAACGCCGUUUUAUCAAGACACAUUUUCCGUUUUCUUUGAUGCCGCCGAGUGUAUUUGAGAACAAAUGCAAGAUCAUUUAUGUGGAGCGCAAUCCCAAGGACGUGGCCGUAUCCUAUUAUCAUCUGAAUAGAUUGUUUCGCAACUUUGGUUACAUUGGUGAUUUUGAACGUUACUGGCGGUAUUUCCAGAAUGGAUUAAACUCCUGGCUGCCUUAUUACAGCCACGUGAAAGAGGCAAAAGGGCACAGGAAGCUGCCGAAUGUUCUUUUCCUCAAGUACGAGGAUAUGCUGAUCGAUUUGCGAGGAACUGUAAAGCGAAUUGGUGACUUUUUGGGAUGCAUGCCAAAUGAAGACGAAAUUGAAAAGUUGCUCAAUCAUUUAAGUAUUAAAAACUUUCGUCAAAAUAAGUCUGUUAAUAUGAAUCAAAUGUCAGCUGUUGGCCUGUUGAACGAAGGCGAAGCUUCGUUUGUGAGAAGAGGAGGCGAUCCUAAUCAGUCUGAUCAGCAGGAAUUCUUGGACAAUCCAAAUCUACUUAAGAUGGCCAAUGAUUGGAUACAACAAAAUUUGUAAUAUGUGACAUGUUUUCCAAAUCGUUAACAACCCAAAAACUACUUAAAAACUAAUGUCGGAAAAGGGUCAACAGUUUUUUUUUGAGUGUUUUGAUGAACUUUUAAAUUUUCAGUAUUGCGAAUGAACACGUUGUCAAUAAUGUAGUUUUUAAGUAACUAAAACAGUCAUCAAUUUAUUUACAACAAAUAUGAAACGAUAGCACAAGUGUCUUAGAAACUUUUGUAAAUAAUAAAUAUACGUAUUUGUAAUGUA